CGCAUCUGCACUACCAGCACCCUGCAACACGUUGAUUACGCUUGAGCUGAAGGCUUGUUUUCAACGACUUCCCAAGUUCCACUUGCAGUCGCGCCCACUGGCAUAUGACAGCCGCGUCCGCGCCGUUCAUUGGUCCUCCUGACGACGCAUGGCGAUUGUUUCUGCAGCAAUUGCAGGGAGGCUCGAGAGCUAUGGCUGCAAGUGGCUGGACUGCUGGCCGUGUUCCACAAUAAUUAGGAGCUGAUGAUUCGCAUGGCCGCAUAUCGUAUUCUUACGGGCACGAGAAUACCGUGGGCCAUGGAGAACUAUGACAUCGGAUGAUGGAGUCAUUUGAUCCGCACACGACGUAGAGACCAUACAGGGAAGGUGUUGAGACGAAGCGGCGAAAAGCCCGCAAAGCACGAGAAUGAGGGAGAUACGGUAGGAGAGGUAAGGAAGGUGCUACUACGGACUGCAAGAGCUCUUGCGGCUGCUCAUCUCGGAUCGUAGUUGGAAUAUAAUCAGAAGGCACCCUGGACGAGGACCACUGCUUUUUCUUCCUGUAUCUUUUCCCAUCGAACCACCGCCCUCUUCUUAUACCAUCUUCAUCGACUACAGCGCUUGAGCCUGAGCCUGAGCCUUUACAUAUCUUCAAUCUAGAACACAUUCACUCACAACCUUUAUCAAUACCGCAAUCAUGCCCGGAUUUGACGACCAAGACUUCGUGCCAGAGGCAGCUCCAGCCAACAGCACUCAGGACAGUAUGGCACCAGAAGAAGGCGUGGGCCAACAUGGACGAGGAGCGAGCGGCAAUUUCGGUGCUGUAGAGGUACCAGCCACGAGAAGCAGCAUUGCUGAUGCCGCACCAUAUAUGCACCAGCUGUCCCUAUCACCAUCCCAGCGGGAUCGACGAGGCUCUCGUAACUCUUUCGGCGCUGCUCUACCGAUUCCACGAUCAAAGCGUCAAUCACGGCUUUCUUCUGUUGCGUACGCAGAUGGCCGGCCUCAGCGACCAGGGAUGCCACCGAUCCAGCCAACCCGAGAGAUCUUGGCUGGUCAGGUUCAGGAUAUGUCGCAGCAAAAGGUGGCAGCAGCCAAGGAUAUGGCAUUCGUUUUCGAUAUCGAUGGUGUUCUUGUCCAUGGUGAUAGACUUAUCCCAGAGGGCCAGCGGGUUCUGGAAAUCCUCAACGGCGAUAACGAGCUUGGAAUCAAGAUUCCGCACAUCUUCCUCACCAACGGCUCUGGUAAGCCUGAACAAGCACGUGUAGACCAGUUGUCGAAAAUUCUGCACAACCCCAUCAGCACCGAGCAGUUCAUCCAGUCGCAUACGCCUAUGUCUGCUCUCUCCGAGUACUACAAGACCGUUUUGGUCGUUGGUGGAGAGGGUUACAAGUGCCGAGAAGUCGCAGAGCAGUAUGGAUUCCAGGAUAUCGUCGUACCCAACGACAUCAUCGCCUGGGACCCAACGAUCGCUCCUUACAGAGUAUUUACUGCCGAAGAGCGCGCGACAUCUCGCCCUCGGGACUUUUCAAAGACGCGCAUUGAAGCCAUCAUGGUCUUCUCCGACUCGCGCGACUACGCAACAGAUAUGCAGAUCAUCAUGGAUCUGCUCCAAUCCGAGAACGGUCUCUUCCAUACCCGGGCCAAGGACCCGAUUUCGCAGCGUAUUCCCAUCUACUUCUCGCAGGGUGACUUGCUAUGCCCCACCGAGCACCCAUACCCAAGAAUGUCGCAAGGAGCUUUCCGCAUUGGACUAGAAGCCAUGUACAAAGCUUUGACGGGUGAGGACCUCGAGCGUGUUGUGUAUGGUAAGCCCGAACUGGCCACAUACAAGUACGCGGAUGAAGUCAUCUCCAGCUGGAUGGAGACCAUUCACAACGAGGAGAAGUUGCCCAAGAACAUUUACAUGAUUGGUGACAAUCCCGCCUCGGACAUUGUUGGUGGUAACCUUUAUGGAUGGAACACAUGCCUUGUCCGCACCGGUGUCUUCCAAGGUGGUGACAAUGACGAGAACAACCCGGCCAACUUUGGCGUCUUCAAAAACGUCCUCGAGGCUGUGACCACUGCUGUGCAGAAGGAGCUCGGACAAGAUUUCAAGUUCAAGUGGUCUGAUGACGAGGUGAACCCUCUCAAGGUUGCCGCUGCUGCCGCUGCUAUUGAGUAAACAUAUCCAAAGAUUUUGUUGUUUGCAUUGGGGGGUUUUUUGGGGCAGGCACUCAUGAGCGAGCUCACGAGCUCUGGAUUUCGUUGGAGAGAAAAGGC